AUGUGUAGCAGUAAUAACUACCAACUGAUUCUCACCUAUUACCCAGAUCACCCCGACGUAUCCGUGUUGAAAUAUCUCACCGGCUUUCUACUUAUCGAACAAUUGGAGAGCCACAGUGCCGGAUUAUCUCUCCUCGAGUCUGCAAUCAAAGACUAUCCUGACAUGGCGGGACACGAAAAAGCACUCUUCCUGAUUGGAAAACUACAAGCGGAGAUGGACCCGUUAGAAAAUGCACUCCACACCUUAGACGGAUUUGUUACGCGUUACCCGGAAAGUGAGUGGAUCUAUGAUGCGCAUCUCAUCCGGGCAGCUACCUACUUGAAACUGGGUAGACUGGAAGAAGCCGCAACGGAAGCGAUCCACGUCAGCGAGAUUAGCGAAGAUGAAAAGAUAAAAGAACGCGCAAAACAGAUUCUGGAUCAGACGAAGUGGACAGUUUACACCGAUGCAAAUGGGCUCCCCGACAACCAUAUCCAAGCGAUGACAACCGAUGGCACAUGGCUAUGGAUAGGAACGCCAAAGGGUUAA